AUGGACACUGGAAUUAAUCCUGAUCACAGUGACCUCAAAGGAAGAGUGACAUUAGGGUGGUACGCAAGUUCUUAUUCUAACGGUAGAGACUCCAAUGGUCAUGGUACCCAUGUGGCCAGUACCUUAGGAGGCGCCACCUAUGGAGCAGCCAAGAAGGUUAACCUCAUCUCCGUCAAAGUAUGCCACUAUUCAUGUCCAACGUCGGGCAUACUGGAAGGUCUAAACUGGAUAAAGACACAGGUUCAACGAAACAAGCGUCUGUCAGUCGUUAAUAUGUCACUGGGUGGUGGGUACUCCUCCUCCAUAAAUGACGCCGUGCACGCGGUACUGGACGCAGGCAUCCCGGUAGUAGUUGCCGCUGGAAAUAGCGGCAAGGCCGAUGCGUGUCAUUUCUCCCCAGCAAGCGUAAGCGGAGCGCUUACAGUUGGCGCCACCCAGAUAGAUGAUAAUUUGGCUUCAUUUAGUAACAUCGGAUCGUGCGUCGAUAUUUACGCCCCAGGGAAGAACAUCAUGGCCGCCAACUACGCAAACAACAACGGUUAUAAGUCCUUAAGCGGGACGUCAAUGGCGUCCCCUCUCGUCGCCGGUGCAGCCGCGGGAAUGUUGCAGGUUUUACGCGACGCUGGGUACGUCAGCGAACCGUCGGUAAGCGUGGUUGACGACGUCAACUAUUACAUCGUCAAGUUUGCAGAGAAGGACGCAGUGAAGGGGCUCCCGUCAACCAACAACAACAAUGCUAUGCUUUUCACCACCUGUCUCGUUUCUAGCUAA